GCACAGCAUUGGCUAGCUCUCUCUCCCCCACAGACACAGAAGCCAGCGAGUGUCUCACAACCAAAGCAAACAUAGCCUUAUUAACGUGACGAGUGGGAGACUCAGGGAGACACGACUGACUGUCUACUCUCAGGGAGAGGAGGAAGCUGGGAACACUUGACUUCCAAACACCCUGAUCCAGAGCACCUGGAGGGAGGAAAUCCUUCCCUCUGCAUAUGCUGAGGAACACACAACAACGACUACAAGCCUGAGAAGAAGAAGAGAGACCAGCACCAAGGUCUUUCUCUCUUUCUACCUCUCUGUCUCCUGCUGUGGAGCUCAUCUCUUCAGUCCCUCAAGGUGUUCUGCUGACCGGAUUGACUGAUCUGCUGUCAUCAUGGCAGAUGGAGAGGAGUGUCUCUCACCCAUUGGUCUGGACUGCUGCUCCUGCUGCCUGGACCUGGCCAACUGUGACGACCCAGCUGGAAGUGGGGGCCAAGGCAGAGGCCACAGCACCCCCCUGAUGGGCAGCCCCACGUCGCUCAGCCACUUCCGCCACUUCCGGGAGCAGCUGACGUUCCAGAACCAGAACGUGAACACAGACAAGCUGAACAGCAUGAUGAGGCUGGACUCUCUGGAGUCUGUGGUCAGAGAUCCCUGUUACCUGCUCAACGAGGGCAUCUGCAACAGCAACAUCGACCAGACCACGCUGUCCAUCCUGCUGUUCUUCCACAGUGCCUCGGGUGCUAGCGUUGUUGCCAUUGACAACAAGAUAGAACAGGCAAUGGAUCUGGUGAAGAACCACUUGAUGUAUGCAGUCAGGGAGGAGGUAGAGAUCCUCAAGGAGCAGAUCAGAGAGCUGGCUGAGAAGAACAACCAGCUAGAACGUGAGAACAGCCUUCUGAAGAACCUGGCCAGUCCAGAACAGAUGGAGAGCUUCCGGGAACGGGUUCCAUCUGACUCAGACGCUCUGGUCCCCCUGCAGCUGGACAACCAGUACCAGCAGCAGGCCCAGCAGUACCAGCAACAGGCCCAGAUGGGACUCCAUAACCCUGACCAGUCCUGUCCCUUCAGUGCUGGCUCUGCUGUAUAGGUGGCCCUGCCUUUGACCUCCCAUUCUAAACUGAUCGUCGCUGCCAACUUCAAUGAAGCUGUCUGUAACAGAUGAUGAAACACACAAUUGAUGAACGGAGCACAUGAAAAGACGCUCUAACUAGCGGCUAUAGGCUGAAGCUAUACGCUAAGAUAAGCCCCGUCCUACGACAUCUAGACUCUUUCUCUUUAGACAAAAGCGCUAAACGAGAGGGCUCACAUGUAGCCAGCCGGAGAACGCUUGCAUUGGGACAGAGGUGAGGCUCCGGCCUUCUGGGGCCAGGAGGGCCAACACUUCAGCCAUUCUCUACCACCCCUGCUACAGAGGGGGGAGAGGGCUAAGAGACAGUGCUGACCCGGGGAUCUGAUCCUGUGGAUGCCUCUCCAUACCUCUCCUGGUCCAGCCAAGGAAAAAGGAAAUCUUUCCUCAAGACAGAUGGCCCUCCAGUCACCACUAGAUCCCACCCCCAUUUAACUAGGCAAGUCAGUUAAGAACAAAUUCUUAUUUACAAUGGCAGCCUAUCGGGGAACAGUGGGUUAACUGCCUUGUUCAGGGGCUGAACGAUAGAUUUUUUUUACCUUGUCAGCUCGGGGAUUCAAUCCAGCAACCUUCCAGUUACUGGCCCAACGCUCUAACCACUAGGCUACCUGCUACCUGAAAUCCAUGUGGAUUUCUUCUUCUAACUGCUGAUAGUACAAGCUCUGAGUAGUUAGAAAAUAUCUCAACCAUCUUGUGACUGUUUCCACCUGCCACCAUCUACUGAUAUUCUCUGUCAAUAUUCCUUAAGAAGAAGCAACGUGUCUUUAGGAAACCAAACCUGAGCUCCAGUACAACGAGUAGAGGAGAAGGAGGAUCUAGGAGAUCCUGGACUGUUGCUGGGAGAGAGAGGCCUGUUGCUUCUCUAUCUCAACCUCGCUGGUGAUAGGAGAUGCUGGACUGUUGCAGGGAGAGAGAGGCCUGUUGCUUCUCUAUCUCAACCUCGCUGGUGAUAGGAGAUCCUGGACUGUUGCAUGGAGAGAGAGGCCUGUUGCUUCUCUAUCAUAACCUCGCUGGUGAUAACUGAUUACCAUCAUCAUGAUUCAGAACAUCAUUGCUUGUAUUCUUUGCAGUUGGGGUGUGCUGCUUAUGGGGGAAAAUCCUGCUAUUUUACAUUUGUUUUGUGAUUCUGAACAAAAUGGAAUACUUGUUAAUAGGAGCGUUGUAACUGUUCAGUUAAAUGAUUUAUUAUGGGGAUGGAAUUAUCUACUACCCAGUAUGCCUAGCUCUGUACAUUUUAUUAACGUGUUCAGAGUAGUGGGCUGGAGAUGAAUUUGAGCAGCUGUGAAUGCGAUCCGGACCUAGCAGAUAUGUUCUGUAUGUUCAGAUGCCAACCUCAACUUGAAUCAAUGGCAUGACUAUAGUGCCUAUCUCCAGAAGAGGUAUACCACAUUUCCACAAUAGACUUUGUGUUUUCUAACUACCAAAGACUUUGUCUCAUUACUACUCCAAACGAAACCAAGCAACCUGGACCAGGUGUACAUCGUUCACAGAGAGAACUCUUUGUUAGCGCGUGGGUUUUGAUAAACGUUGGGUAUUGUUGUUGUAUUGUGUCCAUGAAACAGGUAUUUGUAAUGAUGGAUGCAAAAUGUCCGUUUGCAAUAAACCUUCUGUUUACACUAA